AUGCAGCACCUCCUUUUAUCAGCUCGCAAACGAGGCUAUCAGAUGGGACUUGUACGGCCUAAUUUCCGAUAUGCUUCCCGUCCGCCGGCCCAGGUCAGGCCUACCCAGCAGGUUCGGCGCUUUGCAACAUUGACAGGGGACUCGACGGGAGGCUCUCCAGCACGGCCAGCAAGAAAUCCCUCGACUACGGCCGAGCGAGUUGUCAUCUUGGGCUCGGGAUGGGGUGGAUAUACUCUAUCCCGUAAACUGUCGGCCAUUAAAUUCUCCCCCACAGUCAUCUCGCCUCGAUCGUACUUCGUCUUUACGCCUCUGCUUACCGAUGCUGCCAUUGGGUCACUUGACUUCUCUGAAAUCGUCGAGCCCGUCCGAGAUCGCUAUACCAAAGUCCACUUUAUCCAGGCGGCUGCACGAGCCGUCGACUUCAGCAAGAAGACGGUCACAUGUGAAGCUAGCGUGGUUCGCAGCGGCGUAACGGAAACGACAAGGGUAAAACAACACCGGCAUGAAAAGCAACAUUGGCAAGUGUCCAAAGGCGGGGCUGACAGGCAAUGGGAAUCCGGGGAAACAAUCAUAGUUCCUUACGAUAAACUCGUUGUCGCUGUCGGCUGCGUUAGCAAGACCUUUAACACUCCUGGGGUUAGAGAGAAUGCACUUUUUCUCAAGGACGUUGGGGACGCCCGACGAGUGAAAAGGCGCAUCAGAGAAUGUUUUGAAUUGGCAGUUUUGCCCAACACCGAUCCUCGGAUGCAGAGAUAUCUCUUGCAUUUUGCCAUUGUGGGUGCUGGGCCGACAGGGAUCGAGCUGGCUGCUUCGCUAUGCGACUUUAUCCAUGAAGACUUGGUAAAGGUUUAUCCACAACUGAAAGAGAUGAUUCGUAUAACUCUUUUUGAUGUUGCGCCCACAGUUUUGAGUACAUUUGAUGAGUCCCUGUCAAACUAUGCCAUGGAUACCAUGGAACGCGAGGGAGUCGAUGUCAAGACAAACCAUCACAUCGAGAGUCUUCGCUGGGGUGAACCUAAUUCCCCCGGUCCACACGAGAUGGAUCCGAAGCGCUGUCUGACUAUAAAGACCAAGGAAGACGGGGAAGAAGGCAUCGCAAUGUGUGUCUGGGCGACAGGUAACGAGAUGAAUGAGUUUGUUAACGAUGCUCUUGGUAAAGUAGAAGCGUUCCCAACGUCAUCCGUACUGGAGAAGAUGGAUCAUACCCCCGCAGAACGAUCUCCACAAUCUGCAGCGACAUGGAGUGUGAGGAAAGCAGAAAAGACAGGUGCUCUGCUGGUCGACGACCACCUUCGCGUCCGGCUCCAAUCGAACGAUGGCCAGACAGUCACCCUCCAGGAUGUCUUUGCCAUUGGUGACAACUGUAUGCUCGAAACAAACUCACCACCUGCAACAGCCCAGUCUGCCAACCAGGAGGCUAUUUGGCUGGCCAAAUGCCUCAAUACAAAUAAUUCUGACACCGGCCUGUCGCGGUAUCCUGCUUUCUCCUUCCGAAAUCUAGGCAUGAUAGCGUAUGUAGGCCGCUCAAGAGCGCUGAUGCAGUUCCCACAAAGCAGCCAGGACAAGGGCAAGGCUUCUCAUCUACCCCAGGGUUUGACUGGCUAUGCUGCCUGGCUCGUAUGGAAGGGUGCAUAUCUGUCAAUGAGCAUCAGCUGGCGCAACAGGCUGCGGAUCCUGUAUUCUUGGAUCUCAAACCGGGUGUUUGGAAGGGAUAUUUCAAGGUACUAG